AAGCCUCGCGCACUGCUCGCGCAGCUGUCAACAGUGAGGAAGCAGCAGCUAGAAGCAACAUUGGAAGUGAAAACUUACUGCCACCAUUAAUUGUUUGUCUAUCGUUAGGCGCGUGUAGCUGCCUUCGUUUACCAUAGGACCCGCAGACAGAGCUCACGGCGGCCUCCGACCGCUUUCCAUUCGACCGCGAGUGAAAGGAGGACAAUGUUUAGAAGCGGUAGCUGUUGCUCGCUAACUUCUAAGCUAGCUCGCUAGCCGUCAGCUGUUGUUAUGCUUGGGACGAUAGCUGGCUAAAAAAGCCCCAAGCGCUCAGUGUCAUAUUUAUCCACAAGAAGGGAUUUACCAGACCGCAGUUUCUGCUUCCGUUCCGGACACAUGGAACUGAGAUCGGCUGGCGUUUGAUGGCGACAUUAAAAAGCCGCAUCGCCCUGAAAGACCCGUCAGCUGUUGUCUGACAACUCGAUGUGGAAGUAGAUCCAGGAGAAACCUUGUGUUAUAGAAUCGGCAGAACGGCUUCAAGAUGCACGACGCGUAUGAGCCAGUGCCUAUUUUAGAGAAGCUUCCGCUUCAGAUCGACUGUCUUGCGGCUUGGGAGGAUUGGCUGCUUGUUGGAACCAAACCAGGACAUCUUCUUCUCUACCGAAUCAAGAAGGAUGCAGUCACCAACCGGUUUGAAGUGACUUUGGAGAAAUCUAAUAAGAACUUCUCAAAGAAAAUUCAGCAGCUAUACGUUGUCUCACAGUAUAAAAUUCUUGUCAGUCUUUUGGAGAACAACAUCCACGUCCAUGACCUCCUGACCUUCCAGCAGAUCACGGUGGUGUCUAAAGCCAAAGGAGCCACACUGUUUGCAUGCGACCUGCAGCAAUCGAGCUCAGGAGAGGAAAGCCUCAGAAUGUGUGUGGCAGUGAAAAGGAAGCUGCAGCUGUAUUACUGGAAGGACAGAGAGUUCUAUGAGCUGCAGGGCGACUUGGGCGUGCCGGAUAUUCCAAAGUCCAUGGCUUGGUGUGAAAAUUCAAUCUGUGUUGGUUUCAAGCGGGACUAUUACCUUAUUCGGCUGGAUGGCCGCGGCUCCAUCAAGGAGCUCUUCCCCACAGGGAAGCAGCUGGAGCCUCUGGUUGCCCCACUGGCUGAUGGGAAGGUGGCUGUUGGGCAGGAUGACCUUACUGUGGUGCUUAAUGAAGAAGGAGUUUGCACGCAGAAGUGCGCCCUGAACUGGACCGAUAUCCCUAUUGCCAUGGAGCACCAGCCUCCCUACAUCAUUGCAGUGCUCCCUCGGUACGUGGAGAUACGGACCCCAGAACCCCGGCUGCUGGUGCAGAACGUGGAGCUGCAAAGACCGCGUUUCAUCACCUCGGCAGGGCCAAACAUUGUGUACGUAGCCAGCAACCACUUUGUCUGGCGCCUGGUGCCCGUGUCCAUAGCCAGCCAGAUCCGGCAGCUACUGCAGGACAAGCAGUUUGAGCUGGCUCUUCAGCUCGCAAAAAUGAAGGACGAUUCCGAUGGCGAUAAGAAGCAGCAGAUACAUCACAUCCAGAACCUGUACGCCUUCAACCUGUUUUGCCAGAAGAAAUUUGAUGAUUCCAUGCAGGUGUUUGCCAAACUUGGCACAGAUCCUACACACGUGAUUGGACUAUACCCAGACUUACUCCCAUCGGACUUCCGCAAACAGCUGCAUUACCCCAACCCUCUGCCUACUCUGUCUGGGGCCGAACUGGAGAAAGCUCAUGUGGCCCUUAUUGAUUACCUUACCCAGAAACGCAGCCACCUCGUGAAACAGCUUAACGACUCCGACCCUUCUACAACGUCACCACUCAUGGAGGGCACGCCGACCAUUAAAAGCCGCAAAAAGCUCCUGCAGAUCAUUGACACCACGUUGCUGAAAUGUUAUCUGCAUACCAACGUGGCCCUCGUCUCUCCCCUCCUCCGCCUGGAGAACAACCACUGCCACAUUGAGGAGAGCGAGUAUGUGCUGAAGAAGUCUCAGAAGUACAGUGAGCUCAUUAUUCUCUACGAAAAGAAGGGCUUGCACCAGAAAGCUUUGCAGGUCCUGCUGGACCAGUCCACCAAGGCCAACUCUCCUCUGAAAGGUCAUGAGCGGACCGUCCAGUACCUCCAACGACUCGGAGCAGAAAAUCUGGGCAUAAUCUUCGAGUUUUCUCCCUGGGUGCUCAAGAUCUGUCCUGAGGAUGGCUUGAAGAUCUUCACUGAAGAUCUGCCCGAGGUGGAGACCCUGCCCAGAGACAAAGUGCUGCAGUUCCUGAAGGGAGGCUUUCAGGAGCUCGCCAUCCCGUAUUUGGAGCACAUCAUUUACGAGUGGGACGAGAAGGGCCCCGAGUUCCAUAACGUGCUUAUUCAGCUGUAUCUGAGAAGGGUUCAAGGCCUGAUGAAACAGUACCUCAACUCACUGCCAGAAGGGACGUCUGCUGUUCCUGCCGGCCAGGAGAAAGGUGAACUGGGAGGCUUCAGGAACAAACUGCUGUCGUUUCUGGAAAUUUCUACCAGCUACGAACCUGCCAGACUCAUCAGCGACUUUCCUUUUGAUGGGUUGCUGGAGGAGCGGGCUCUGCUUCUGGGGCGCAUGGGUAAACACGAGCAGGCGCUUUUCAUAUACGUCCACGUUCUCAAUGACACGCGCAUGGCUGAAGAAUACUGCCAACGCCAUUAUAACAGUUCAGUGGAAGGAAAUAAAGACGUUUAUCUGUCUUUGCUGCGGAUGUACCUGUCCCCCCCUGAGGCCCACUGCCUGGGGCCUAUUAAGAUGGACCUCAUUGAGCCUCAGGCCAACCUGAAGGCAGCCCUGCAGGUCCUGGAGCUGCACCACAGCAAGCUCAACACCACCAAGGCUAUCAAUUUGCUCCCAGCGAACACUCAGAUCCGGGAGAUAAGGCUUUUCCUCGAGAGCGUCCUGGAGGAGAAGGCCCAAAAGAAACGCUGCAACCAGGUGUUGAAGAGUCUGCUGCAGGCCGAGUUCCUCAGGGUGCAGGAGGAGCGAAUCUUCCAUCAGCAGGUCAAAUGUAUCAUAACCGAUGAAAAAACCUGCAGAGUGUGUAAGAAGAAGAUAGGAAAUAGUGCAUUUGCCAGGUACCCCAACGGCGUGGUUGUGCACUAUUUCUGCUGCAAGGACCGCAGCGUGUGUCCCACCGAGUUGUAAAAGUCACGCAGACAAAUAAAUGCUCCCCCCCGCCCCUGGGGGACUUCACCGCUUGGCCGUGUUGGACGUAGAAAGACAUUUGAAGAUUCGAAGGGUCGGUUUAUUUUUGGCCUGAGCUGCCCUUUGCUGUCACAGAGCAGAAAAAGACCACAGUUCUGACGCUGGACGGCUUCUGUGCACACGAAGAAACGGGAGGAAAGUCCGGGGACCCCCAACAGGGACCGGGGAGAUGAAGAGGGGGGGUAGAUCAAGACAAUCUAGAAGCAUGUGCUACUGUAAGACUGGGAUGUCCGCCCUGGAAGAUUAUUAAAAUCUGGGAUGACUGAAGUUUGUGCUCGCUAUCUCUAAUUAUAACAGACUGUGUUUUUUUUUUUUUUUUGUGGCUCUAACUCUUCCUCUACCACUAGAACUCAUAGUUGGCCUCAAACACACCUUGAUAUGCCAUACUGAGUGCUACAGUACUGUUAAAUGCCUUCUGUGACUCUGGAGAUUGUACUUGCAAUGAAAGGUCACUCAUGACCUUUUGUGAAUAUAUGACACACCAUCCUGUUUUCUAUUUAAAAUUUCUCUUUUUGCCAUUUAAUUUACUCCAUAGGUCAAAUUGCCCAACUACACCCAGGACGUCAUCCGUCUCUAAGCGUCCUUCUCUUCUGUUUACGAGGCAGACUUCAUUAAAAAUAAUCCACAACCGUUCAUUCUUUUUCAAACUCCAAAUCUGAGUAAACGCUGCCUUUUUUUAAUUUUUUAUUUUGGAUCUGUUACAUUGAAUGGAAUACAUUUAGGUUUGGACUGUUUACAUCAAACAAGAGAGAAUGAAUCCUCUUUAACAUCACCAGUGGUCGUUCGUCAGAUUUUAAACUUUAGCCGUAUUCACUCCAGCACCUUGUAUUGGUUUUAUAUGCCACUUUAAUCGGAAGCAAGAAAAACACAGAAAAUGGAAAUCCUGCACUUUAAAUGGGCUCUCUUGAUUCUCCUUUUGAAAAACUGGAAUGAACUUGAGCGGGAUGGUUGACAUCUGUAUUUUGAAGGCAAUAUUGUUUUUGAAAUGUGUCUGUUUCCUGCUUCUCUAGCGAGCGUUUCAGGAAGCAGAGUGGUUUUCUUUACUCAAAAUAAAAAGCAUGCAAUGUAUAUGUU